AUGAAGAUGAGUCAGCGGGACGUCCGGAGAGCCCCGGGUCAGAGGGAGCAGUGGGCAUCAAAGAAGCAAAGGGAGAGAGAAAGAGUUAAUCUGUUUGUUGGGUGCACCAGCUGGCCGGGUGUGGGGCAAAUGUCGGAACCCACUUGGGCAAGAUCUACGACCGCUCAAACAAGUGUCCACAGAUGUGUCCCAGCCUCCAGUUCCUCUCCACAUUCAGCCUGGCUGAACCGAUCGCCCAUGUACAAGAAACACUGA